AUGCCUGCCGUCGAUCGUUGGAAGAGUACCUUGGACACACUCUUGAUCUUUAUUGCACUAUUCUCUGCUAUCGUGACCACAUUCUACAUCCAGUCAUCGAACGGCCUAUCUCCAGACGCUGCUUUCGAAACUAACCAGCUACUUGCGACCCUUACAGAUGUCGUCAUACUUCUGAGUGGCAUCAAUUCCUCACAGCUUAGCCUUCCAGCUCCUGUUGCCUCCGAACCAGAGGCAAGCACUCUGCGCCUGAACUUUUACUGGUCAACAUCUAUAGUCCUCAGUGUAGGUUAUCCCAUGUCAGUUCCGGAAGGUUCGACCAUUCACUCAUCCAUCUUUUAG